CGUACUUCCUGAGCAGAAGCGUACUUCUGUGCGGUGGGCCGGUUGCGGGCCGCUAGGCGCAACUGGAAUCCAUCCAGCGCCUUCGCGUCAGCCGUGAUCCGAUCCGACCAAAACCCUAGCCGUCGCAGCGCCGCCCAAAAUCAUAAACCUCCACCUCGCCGGCGGCCAUGGCGUUCACCGGCAGGAUCAAGCAGCUCAUGCAAAAGUACGGCAAGGUUGCCCUCACAGUCCACGUCUCCGUCUCCUGCGCCUCCAUCGCCGGCCUCUACGUCGCCAUCAACAACAACGUCGACGUCGACGCCGUCUUCCGCCGGUUCGGCAUCUCCCCCGGCGUCAGCAUCGGAGGCGAGGCCCCGCCCGCCACCGUCCCCGCCCCCGCCGCCCGCAACGAGGCCCUGCGCGACGCCGCCCCGCCGCCCCGCCUUGACGAGGUCCUGAACGAAGCGCCGGAGCGGGAGCGGCCCCGCAACCGGACGACGGAGCUCGUGGCGUCCAGCGGCGGCGCUCUCGCGCUCGCCCUCAUUUGCAACAAGGCGCUGCUUCCCGUGAGGGUCCCCAUCACCAUCGCGCUCACGCCGCCCGUCGCCAGGGCCCUCAGCCGCUGGAAGCUCGUGAAGACCUGAGCCAUGUUUUCAUCGCAAGUGCUCUAGUAGAUUGGUGCAUCACGGAUCCAUUUUCCAGUGCAUCCUGCAAUGGGUCAAAGACCUAAAAAGCUGUAAAUUACUUGUGCCGCCUUUUGGUGCUGCUGAUGCAUUUGUUAAAUUUGUAUCUGGUCACGGAUGAAUGCCCUGGAGCAAUGUCUCACAUGUGGAGCUCUCCUUAUUCUCACUCACGGCCGAACACCAUUCUGAUUUUGUAAUAUGAACACAAAGGUUGAGGACAGAAAUAAGCACCACGACUAAUGCAAGAACUACAUUCGUUUGUCUAGCUCUACCUAUUUUGUGUGAGCUGGGAAUGUUUUUUUUA